GUAAAACUCCUCAUCGAGCCGUGAGACCGACUGUGACGGAUGGGUGAUGAAGCUGUUUGGCAUCGAUUGAAAGGCUACAUACCAAACUCACAUACCACAGCCAGAUACCAAAGACCAUCACUACAUCGCUUACACGCACCAAACCCCAAAACGCUUCGAGGGAGAGAGACAGACAGACAGACACAAUCACACACACCCACACAGCACAGACUCGUCACCAAUGGGCUCACUACAGAACGGAGAUGGCCAGCACCAGGGUCUCGGCCAGGAUUUCACGAAGCAGGUCAUCGCGUCCAUGGGCAAGGAGACGGACCCCAGGCUCCGCCAGGUGCUGGCCUCCUUCAUCCAGCACAUCCACGACUUCGCCCGCGAGGUCGACCUCACGACGGAUGAGUGGAUGGCCGGCGUCAACAUGAUCAACUGGGCCGGCCAGAUGAGCAACGACCGCCGCAACGAGGGCCAGCUCCUCUGCGAUGUCAUCGGCCUGGAAUCGCUCGUGGACGACAUCACGAACCGGGUGGCCACCAAGAACGGCGCCCCCGGGACGGCGACGGCGAUCCUGGGCCCUUUCUGGCGCGCAGACACGCCCGUCCGCCCUAACGGCGGCGACAUCGUCCUCAAGUGCCCCGAGGACGGCGAGGUCGCCUUCAUGUAUGGCCAGGUGACGUGUUCCAACACCGGGAAGCCUGUGGCCAACGCAUCUGUCGACGUGUGGCAGGCCUCAACAAAUGGGUUGUACGAACAGCAGGACGCGGACCAGCCGGAGCACAACCUGCGCGGCAAGUUCAUCACGGACGAGGAGGGCCGCUACGGGUUCUACUUCCUCCGGCCCACGCCUUACCCGGUCCCCGGCGACGGACCGGCCGGGAAGCUGCUGGAUAUGCUCCACCGUCAUCACUACAGACCGGCUCACAUCCACUUCAUCGUCCAAUCGGAAGGGUUCAAGUCGGUGACCACGCAGGUCUUCGACCAGGACUCGGAGUACCUGGACGACGACUCCGUGUUUGCGGUCAAGGACGGGCUGACGGUGAAGUUCACGGAGAGAAAGGACGACCCCAAGGCCGCCAAGGAGCUCGAGUACAACAUCAAGUUGGCCUCCGAGAAGUAGGUCGAACCGGGCCGGGUAUGCGUGUGAUUCACGAUGCACAGAUGGAAAAAAGUCAUGUAUUGGAGGGCGGUGUAUUACCCAUGAACAGUUCGUUUUUCUAUAAUAUCCCCGGGCACAUGAUUUGCCAAAAACCUG